GGUAUUACCAUGAGUAGGAAUGUUUUAAAUGUCCCCCAAAGUAUAUCUGAGUCACCUGCAGAACCAAAAUGGAACAUCACCUGUCCAGAUUGCCAGACAACACUGCCCUGAGGCAGCAGGAAUUGCUCGCUGACUGGCUACACUUCUCGGCCAAGGAAGUCCUCUUUAUCUUUUUUGCCACAGGAGUAUUCUGCCUCUGCAUGGGCAUCAUCCUUCUACUGUCUGCAAAGAGCACCCGGGAAAUGGAGAUUAAUUACACAAAAAUAUGUGCAAAUUGUGCAAAAGUACAGGAAAAUGUCUUUAAUUUUGACAAAGAAUGCACCUGUUCCAAUCCCUUUUCCCUUACAAAGAAAAUGAAGGGUAAUGUUUAUAUGUAUUACAAAUUGCAUGGCUUCUGUCAGAACCUCUAUCGAUAUAUUUAUUCCAGAAGUAAUAGGCAACUGGUGGGCAAAGAUGUGAAAGCUGUUGAGGGCUGUGCUCCAUUCAAAAUGUCACACAAUGAGACCCCCAUUGUUCCUUGUGGUGCUAUCGACAACAGCAUAUUCAAUGACACCAUAAUUCUUUCAUACAAUGUUAAUUCAUCACUACAAAUCAAAGUCCCAAUGCUAAAGACUGGACUUACAUGGUGGACAGAUGAGUAUGUCAAAUUUCAGAAUCCAAACACUGAUAAUCUUUUUUUUUCCUUUUCAGGAACCACAAAGCCCCCAAACUGGCAUAAGCCUAUGAAUUGGAUAAAAAGGGAUCCAAGAAACAGCUUCCUCAAUGAUGACUUCAUUGCGUGGAUUUGGACAGCCGCCAUUCCCACUUUCAAAAAACCAUACCAACAUCUCAAUCGAACACGCCAUUUUACAGAAGGCUUGCCUGCUGCGUGGAGCCUGUAUCCUGCUUCCAGAGGCAGGAUUCAAUUUUCUUAUUCAUUUUCACCACGGUUGGAAUGGAAAAACUGA